AGCUCUCCUCCUCACAGCAACACCUCUGCACUCCUGAAGAGACUCCCUGAAGAACCAACCUGAGCUCAGACCUGCGAAGAAACAGAGACAUGGCCUCUCGAAUUGCACUUCUCCUCUUGCUGGGUGUCAUCUGCGUUGGGUUUGCAUCAGCCCAGAUUGCCCAAGACUGCUGUAUCAAGGUUGCUGAGAAGCGUUUGCCGCUCCAAAUCCUACUAAGCUACACCAUUCAGGAUGCUGGACAAGGAUGCUCCAUCAGCGCUACUGUGUUUGUUUCAAAAGUUGGAAAAACCCUCUGCGUCCCCCAUCCCAACGAUAAAGCCUGGGUGAAGAGUUACAUUAGACAGCUGAAUGAGAAACAUCAAAGACGUCACUAAUCAGGUGUAGAGAGGAGUGGACUGUGGGAAAAGGCUGCUGACAAACGAAAAGGGCCGACUCUUAACUGAGGGCAGAAGACGGCAGAAUCAUUUCCAUUUGGCUUCAGUCUCGUACUUUAGUAGAUCAAACCGUUUGAGAAGAUCUUAUCUUUAAGAUCUUUGAGGAAUCAUCCCCUCAUCAUGCCAGUGAAUCAUCAGUAGCUAAAUGUACAGUUCUUGAUAUUUGUCCUCUCAUUUGUGGUGAAUGCGGUCUAAAUACAUUUGUGAAUUAAUGUUUUUUAUUUAUUUUUCAUUAUCUAUUGAGUGACAUGUACAAUUGUUCGUUUUGUGUCAACCAUAAGACUGUAAGGUGCCUGAGGAUAAUGUCCCUAAAUUAUGUUUGUCAAGAUGUGUUUAUAUUUUAUAAUAAAUUGGAUUUAAAGUGUA